AUGGCAAAGCGCUGGUCGAGGCCGGCGAUUGCGCCGGCUGCCACACCGCCGACCCCGCAAAGCC